CUCUCGUCACACUCACUCUUCUCUUCCCGCCAAUACGCCAUGGCUAUACCUCUCCUCCUCCUCCUUCUUCUUCACCUCUCCGUCUCCUCCGCUCUAAACGACACAAACGCCCUUACACUCUUCCGCAUCCAGACAGACACACACGGAAACCUCGCCGCAAACUGGACUGGCCCCGACGCUUGUUCCUCCUCAUGGCGCGGCGUUUACUGCUCACCCUACUCUCGCCGCGUCACUGGGCUCUCUCUCCCUUCCCUCUCCUUAAGAGGACCACUAACCUCUCUCUCCUCCUUAGACCAGCUCCGCCUCCUCGACCUCCACGACAACAGACUAAACGGCACCGUUUCGCCCCUCACGAACUGUACCAACCUCGGACUCGUUUACCUCGCCGGUAACGAUAUCUCCGGUGAGAUCCCUAAAGAGAUCUCUUCUCUCAAGAGAAUGAUCCGUCUUGAUCUCUCGGACAACAACAUACGAGGAGUCAUCCCCAGAGAGAUUCUCGGGUUGACCCGGAUUUUAACGAUCAGGCUCCAGGACAACGAGUUAACGGGUCGGAUCCCGGAUUUUUCUCAGGUGAGUUCGCUUCUUGAACUUAACGUCUCUUACAACGAACUGCACGGGAAAGUCACCGACGGUGUAGUGAAGAAGUUCGGAGAAUUGAGCUUCUCCGGCAACGAAGGAUUAUGCGGGUCGGAUCCUUUACCGGAUUGUUCUUACACGAACGACCCGGAGUCUUCCGACACUGACAAAAUCGUUCCGUCGAACCCGACGUCGCUUCCGCAUUCUCCGGUCGUCGCCGGAGAUCGGACGAUUCAUCACCACCGAGGGCUAAGAGCCGGAGCCAUCGCCGCCGUCAUCGGCGGCGGUGUAGCGGUUAUCGUCCUAGCCUCCUUCGGGUUUGCCUUCUGCUGCGGGAGGUCAGACCGUGGCGGCGGGUCGAAAUCCGCGAGCUUGGAGAGUGGCUUCGCCGGCGGAGAAGGGAAGAGGCGGAGCAGCUACGGAGGAGGAGGAGGCGAAGAGAGCGACGCGACGUCGGCCACCGACAGGAGCAGGCUCGUGUUCUUCGAGAGGAGGAAGCAGUUCGAGCUCGAGGAUCUGUUGAAAGCGUCGGCGGAGAUGCUCGGGAAAGGAAGCUUAGGGACGGUUUACAAAGCGGUGCUCGACGACGGGACAACGACGGUGGCGGUGAAGCGUCUCAAAGACGCGAAUCCGUGUCCGAGGAAGGAGUUCGAGCAGUACAUGGAGAUUAUCGGGAGGCUUAAGCAUCAGAACGUGGUGAAACUCAGAGCUUACUAUUACGCUAAAGAAGAGAAGCUUCUUGUUUAUGAGUAUCUCCCUAACGGAAGCUUACACUCACUUCUACAUGGGAAUCGAGGUCCUGGGAGGAUACCAUUGGAUUGGACGACGAGGAUUAGUCUAAUGUUAGGAGCAGCGAGAGGCUUGGCCAAGAUUCAUGACGAGUAUAGCAUCUCCAAGAUUCCUCACGGAAACAUCAAGUCCUCCAACGUUCUUCUAGACCGAAACGGCGUCGCAUUGAUCGCUGACUUCGGACUAUCCCUCCUUCUAAACCCGGUGCACGCUAUAGCUCGCCUAGGAGGCUACCGUGCGCCGGAGCAGUCAGAGAUCAAACGUCUUUCUCAGAAAGCUGACGUGUAUAGCUUUGGUGUUCUUCUCCUGGAGGUUUUGACUGGAAAAGCUCCCUCGGUGUACCCGUCUCCUUCUAGGCCUAGAUCAGCGGCUUCGGUGGCGGUGGAGGAAGAGGAGGAAGCGGUGGUUGACUUGCCGAAAUGGGUGAGGUCGGUGGUGAAGGAGGAAUGGACGGCUGAAGUUUUUGAUCCGGAGCUUCUGAGGUACAAGAACAUAGAGGAGGAGAUGGUGGCGAUGCUGCAUAUUGGUCUGGCAUGCGUUGUUCCGCAGCCGGAGAAACGGCCUACAAUGGCUGAGGUUGUUAAGAUGGUUGAGGAGAUUAGAGUUGAGCAAUCGCCGGUGGGAGAGGAUUUCGAUGAGUCAAGGAACUCGAUGUCUCCGUCGUUGGCCACCACCGAAGACUUAGGCCAUGUUUGAAUUGUGUCUGACGCUUUGUUAAAUAUAUCUAUUGCUGGAUUGUGUGCCACUUCAAGUUUCUUGCUUAGAUCUCCAGUUUGCAACUUUGUCGGAGUUUUUAGCCAUGUAACAUGUUAUUGUCACCUUCUCAUGAUUUGUAAUUUCGUGGUUGUUUAUUAAAGUAUUGUGUUAAUAAAACCCAUUCUCGGUUAGUGUGA